GUUUCAGUUUCUCUCUCUAACAUUGUUGUUCAGAUUCCAUACAAUAAUACCAUAGUCCCACCUGGGAAAUGGGUUUGCUCCAAAGCCAGUGAGAACCAAAAUGGCUGAUGAAGAACGAGAACCAACCACCGCCGGUCCCCGUCUCCGGCGAGCCGUUGAGCUCAUCUCUUCCUUGAUAUCCCUUUCUCUUUUGAUCAGGGUCUUCGCCGGAAAAUGGCAACUGAUUCGGAACAAGCUGGAGGAGCUUCAUUCGGGACUUAUCGCCGGCGAGAACCAAUCAUCAACACUCUCCGGCGAGUUCCCGGCGAUAAUGGGCACCGUGGAGGAGUGCCAUGACCUCGCUCGGCGGUGCUUGGAUCUGUCUUACAGUGGGAAGCUGCUGAUGCAGAGCGAUUUGGACGUGACGUUGGGGAAGUUGGAGGUGCACGUGAAGAAGGUUUCGGAUAUAUACAAGAAGGGUUUUCUGACGCAUAGGUACGCUGUGGUUGUUUCAAGGCCUGGUCUUGGAGCUUGCAAAGAAGACAUGAGGUUCUACAUAAGGGACUUGUUCACAAGGAUGAAGGUUGGUGAUUUGGGUAUGAAGAAGCAGGCUUUGAUUAACCUGCAUGAGGUUGUAGUGGAAGAUGACAAGUAUGUGAAGUUGGUUGUCGAAGUUGGUGACUUUGUUCAUGUGUUGGUCGAUUUUCUUGCUUCCCCAGAGAUUGAGAUUCUGGAAGAAUCUGCCAAGGUGGUUUCUGUGAUUUCGGGCUUUGAUUCCUAUAAAGGGGUUUUGAUUGGUGCUGGGGUUAUUGGCCCCUUGAUUCGGGUUUUGGAAUGUGGGAGUGAGUCAGGGAAGGUAGGGGCUGUUAGGUGUUUGCUCAAGUUGACUGAGAAUUCGGAUAAUGUUUGGUCUGUUUCGGCUCAUGGGGGUGUCACGGCCUUGUUGAAGAUUUGUGACAGUGUGGAUUGUAAAGGGGAAUUGGUUGGUCCUGUUUGUGGGGUGUUGAGGAAUCUUGGUGGUGUUGAAGAGAUAAAGAGGUUUAUGGUUGAAGAGGGUGUGGUUUCAACGUUUAUAAGGCUUGCGAGAUCCAAGGAUGAAGCAAUUCAGGUAAGUUCUGUAGAGUUCAUUCAAAGCAUUGCCUCUGGAGAUGAAUCGGUUAGGCAGAUGGUGAUUAGAGAAGGUGGGAUUCGUGUUUUGUUAUGUCUUUUGGAUCCUAAAUGGACGUAUUCAUCUAAAACCAGGGAGGUGGUAAUGAGAGCUAUUGAAAAUUUGAGUUUUCCUUCAUCUAGUUCUGUAAGUAUUUUGUUGAGUUAUGGCUUUGUGGAUCAACUGCUAUAUUAUGUUCGAAAUGGGGAGGUUUCAAUUCAAGAGUUGGCGCUCAAAGUGGCAUUUAGACUCUGUGGAACAUCAGAGGAGGCUAAGAAAGCAUUGGGUGAUGCGGGCUUCAUGGCAGAGCUUGUUAGGUUUCUAAAUGCAAAAUCAUUUGAAGUUCGUGAAAUGGCAGCCGAGGCACUCUCUGGUAUGGUUAUGGUAUCAAAAAAUAGAAAGAAAUUUGUGCAGGAUGACCAUAAUAUUGCUCUUCUUCUGCAACGGCUAGACCCAAAGGAGGGAAAUCCAGGUAAUAAAAAGUUCUUAAUCUCUAUCUUAAUGUCAUUAACAAGUUGCAACAGUGGGAGGAAAAAGAUUGUCAGUUCUGGGUAUGUCAAAAGCAUAGAGAAACUUGCAGAAGCUGAAGUUUCUUCUGAUGCCAAGAGACUUGUGAGGAAGUUAUCCACAAACCGGUUCCGCAGUAUGUUGAGUGGAAUCUGGCACUCUUGAAUGUAAUUCUUUUUUUCUUUUCCUUUUUCCUUUUAACUGUAUAUGUUACAUCAUUAUCUUCCAAGUUUUGCAAAUUUGAUUUCCUCAUCUCAAUCUGUUUUCAGUUUUACUUCAUUUGCCUUGCCCAUCAAAAGAGUAGCACAGCUUUUUUAUUGAUAUUGUAACCAGAAGUAGUGAUAUACCAUACCAUGAGAGCUUUGUUGUAGAUUUUCUUGAGGAUACUCUG